CAGUUACACAGGUCUUACAACAAUCCAAUAAAAAUGAUCAAGGAACUCAUCAUCUUUGCUAUUGCUUUUAUCGCUGUCGCUUCGGCCUAUCCGGCCGAUGGACCACAACCUGCGCCAAUCCCAAAUGACAAGAAAGAAGGUUUGGAAACAGCUGAAUCUGCUUAUGGUGGAUAUGGAGGUUAUGGUGGAUACGGAGGUUAUGGAGGAUUCGGAGGAUACGGAGGUUACGGAGGAUACGGUGGUUAUGGAGGAUAUGGGGGUUAUGGAAGAGGAUUUGGUGGAUACGGAGGUUUCGGACAUCGUCGUCAUGGCUUUGGUUUCUACGGAUAAACAAGCCAUUAUUUCUUAGAUGUAGUGAUCUACUUUCAACAUCAAACAAUGUAUGCAUAUAU